GUUCAAUUCCAAUAUCAGCAAACAUCAAUUUAUGAGUUUAAUAAUAUACUUCAAAAAAAAAUUUUAAAUUUACUUUGUCAACACCAGAAAAACCCCCCAUCAUCUUUUUGUUUCCCUUUUACUUCCCUUCUUUUGCUUUGUUUUGCAAAGCUUUGCUUCCCAUUGGGUGGAGCCAUGGAAGCAGGUCUAAGUUAAUCUCUUGUUCUCUUUUGAAGGAAAUGGAGAUAGUAAGCAAAGCUAAGGAACCCCCCCCCUCUCCCCCCCCCCCCCCACAGACACACACCAAAAAGCAAAGUAAGUAGCAGGAAAACAGCAGCAAUUUAUAUUGAAACAGAAAAAGGCAAAACCAAUUAGGGAUUCUAGAAAAGUUGCCCUCCACAAGAUUCAAUAUCGGGGUUGAAUUUCGGAGAUUAUAUGACAUUUUUGUUACUGUUUUUGGUAUUGUUCUCCUUAUGCAACGGUAAGUUUUUGAGCAGCUGAAAUGAAGAAUUUUUUUUUUGAUGUGCGAGCAUGAGAUAAUGAGGUGGAAGUAAGGAAGUUUUUUUAUAUUUGAAUUUGGUCUGAGUUUAUGGGUAAAGUGGAUUUUGAGUGAAAUCGGCUGAGGAAGAAAGAAAAAAAAUGAAAACAGAAUCGAACACUGGGUUUUAUUAUCAUGGAGAUGGUUUAGGUUCUAUCUUGAAUCGGCACGGUAUAUCUUUCCAAUCAGCUGGUAUUGAUAGUAGUUCAGAGAUGAUUCCGAUGAGUGGUUACUUUGCAUCACUGCCGACGAUCUUGCCUGGCAAUUCCAGUGCUAUUACAAGCUCCCCUGCCUUAAUCCAACCUGGAAAUUCUUCUGGAUCUUCCCUGCUUCUUGAUUCGAUUUCAGGGCAGAAGCAUGAGGCAGGGUUUGCUGUCGAGUGGUCUAUUGACGAACAGUAUAUAUUGGAGGACAGCCUUGAAAAGUAUAAAGAUGAACCAAGUAUUAUGAAGUACAUAAAGAUUGCAGCUACCUUGCCUGAUAAAACUGUACGUGAUGUUGCAUUGAGGUGUAGGUGGAUGCAAAGAAAGCGAAGGAAACGUGAAGAACUUAAUGCGGGAAAAAAGGUGAACAGUAGGAAGGUUAAGCUUGUGGAAUCAUCUUCAAAGGUGAAUAUGCCUUCAGCUCUGCCACAAAACAUGGCUGGAUAUCCUCUCAUGAUGCACCAUCUCGACCAGUAUGGAAGAAUGUCUUCUGAAGGUUUGUAUUUAAUACCACCAGCUAGAGGAAUAAAUGGUACAGUUAUACAUCUGUUGAAGCAAAAUUCUCAAGCUUUUAGUCAAAUCACGUCCAACCUUUCUGCAUUCAAGUUACGGGAUAAUAUUGAUCUCUUCUGUCACACAAGGAACAAUAUUACUGCCAUUCUAAAUGACAUGAGAGACAUGCCAGGUUUAAUGAGCCGGAUGCCUCCAUUGCCUGUAUCCAUUAAUGAUGAUUUAGCGAUUAGCAUCUUGCCUGGUGCAACUCAGGAAACUAGUUGCCCCACUAGGCAAUAGGCGGUCUGCAGAUGUUUUAACAAUUGGUUUUUAGCUCACCAAGCGGGAUCCAUCUCAAGCCAAGCCAAGAUACUUAAAGGGAAUUGUUGAGAUUGAGGUUGGGUAUAUAUAUAUCUGAUCUAUGUAAAUUACAAACAAUUUUCUAGUUGUAAAUCCAUAAGAAGCUUGUAGGUUAUGCUCUUGUUCCUCGUGUACAAAACAUUCUUCACACAUUGGGUGCCACAAUGGAAAAUUUGUGAAGACCCCAUUUUUGGAACCCAAAAUUUUCACCCGCUUAUGUCAAACCCAGGCGCCAGAUAAUGAGAACCCAGAUGCUUAUAAUCUUCUAACAGAUUCAUCUGGAUUUUGCAUUUGAAGCUUCAUGUGUAAUUUUUUUAGAACUUGCUACAUCUUGUUUCAGUAUAAGACAAAUUAGAAUGCCUGAUGUCAAA